AGUUUGAGCAAAUAUUAAUGGUAAUAAUUAUUACGUCCGGUUUCCCAUAAAUCUCCCACGCCGUUCUAUCUCUUCACCACAUGCUACUGCGUUCAGUCAGGCAAGCAGGGCGCGUAUGGUGUCGUUCUCUGAACGUCCCGUUGCAGCUCUCGACGUCUAGAGCAACAGUUGAAACCGACACGUAUGGUAUACCACUUACGCCUACCUGGUCCGUCCAGGAACUGUUGUCAUCUUAUCCAGCUCCGUCGAUAUCACCAGCCACAUUCAAACGACUGCAUGAACUGUCUGCAUUAUUACCACCUGAAGAGGGCACACCGGAAUAUGUAAAGCUAAAGCAUGAGCUCGAGGAGUUGAUCAAACUUGUGGAGGCCACGAAGCUGAUCAAACUGGAGGAAACGGGCAAUAUAGGCAUUCCAGAUGGGCGGGUAAUAUCAGAAGGGUCUGGGAUACCCCUCGACAGAGCACCACGCGAGGACGGAGAUAUGAGAGGCCGGGAUCUACUUUCAUACGCGAGCCGUAGCACGAAUGGGAUGUAUGUCGUCGAGACAGAUCGCUCCAGGUGAUUCACUCUCGGAGAGCACACAAAUUCUGUGGUCGCACCUCGGUAAUAAUUUUGCAGCAUUGUAUUAUUGAGAAUCAGCAGACAUUCACGGAGCAUUCCCAUUCAACAUCACAAGCAGUACUUAACCAACUCGUAACGAGCUUCGAUCCCGCCACAAAAAAAUCAGGCUUCCUUCACUUAU